UUUCACUGGAGAGAGGGGGAUACUGAGCAUCAUCGAUGGCCCACUCAAAGGGGGAGCUGACACAGUGGUUUUUACAGCAGAGCUGUGAGAGAGACUGACCCUUCAACAUUUCUCUAUUAGGGUGCUACGAUAACACAGCCAUGCCACCCCCAGCUGACAUCGUGAAGGUGGCUAUUGAAUGGCCGGGUGCUAAUGCUCAGCUCAUCGAGAUGGACCAGAAAAGACCUUUGUCCUCAAUAAUACGGGAAGUAUGUGAUGGCUGGUCUUUGUCAGGCUCAGAGCAGUUUGCUCUGCGUUAUGCUGAUGGCCCUCAGCUUUAUAUCACUGAGCAGAGCCGUGGUGAAAUCAAAAAUGGGACCAUCCUUCGAUUAGCCAUUUCACCUGCUCGUGCUGCUCGUCAGCUCCUGGAGAGGAUCCAGUCCCACGGUAUCGACGCUCGCCUCGAGGCUCUGAAAGAGCUCGCCAAGCUGUCUGCAGACCCGACCUUUGCCACAGAGUUCAUCAAUAUGGAAGGCAUUGGGACACUGGCACGUCUUGUAGAGAGUGGCACCCACUUUGGUGAAAUGCUGGCCUUCACUCUCACUGCCUUCCUGGAACUAAUGGAUCAUGGCAUUGUGUCCUGGGACCUGAUCUCGCUCUCCUUCAUCAAACAGAUUGCCGGCUAUGUGAACCAGCCAAUGGUGGAUGUGUCCAUCCUGCAGCGUUCUCUGGCUAUCCUGGAGAGCAUGGUCCUUAACAGCCACAGCCUCUAUCAUCGAGUGGCACAGGAAAUCACCGUGGGACAGCUCAUCGGGCACCUGCAAGUGUCAAACCAGGAGAUCCAGACUUACGCCAUCGCCCUCAUCAAUGCUCUUUUCCUGAAGGCACCAGAGGACAGGCGACAGGAGGAGUAUACUAACCCGCUGGAGCAGCACCUGACUGAAAUGGCAAGCACUUUGGCCCAGAAACACCUGCGAUCCAUCAUCCUCAAUCACGUUAUAAGAGGAAAUCGACCAAUCAAAGCAGAAAUGGCACACCAGCUGUAUGUGCUGCAGGUGUUGACCUUUAACCUUUUGGAAGAACGAAUGAUGACCAAAAUGGAUCCCAAUGACCAGGCCCAGAGAGAUAUCAUUUUUGAGCUGCGUAGGAUCGCCUUCGAUGGAGAAAAUGAUCCCACUGGUACAGAGAAAAGAAAGGCGAUGUACACCAAGGACUAUAAGAUGCUGGGUUUCACUAACCACGUGAACCCGGCUAUGGAUUUCACCCAGACUCCUCCAGGGAUGCUGGCUCUGGACAACAUGCUGUACCUGGCCAAAGUUCACCAGGACACGUACAUCAGGAUUGUCCUGGAGAACAGCAGCCGAGAGGACAAGCAUGAAUGUCCCUUCGGUCGGUGUGCCAUCGAACUCACUCGAAUGUUGUGCGAGAUACUCCAGGUUGGAGAGUUGCCUAACGAGGGCUGUAACGACUACCACCCCAUGUUCUUUACCCAUGACCGGGCAUGGGAAGAGUUCUUCUGUGUCUGCAUCCAGCUGCUUAACAAAACCUGGAAGGAGAUGAGGGCCACAGCUGAGGACUUCAACAAGGUGAUGCAGGUGGUCCGCGAGCAGAUCACCAGGGCUCUGGCGAUGAAGCCGUCGUCUUUAGACCAGCUGAAGAAUAAACUGCGAGGCCUCAACUACUCAGAGAUCCUGCGUCUGCGGCAGUCAGAGAGAAUGAGCCAGGAUGACUUCCAGUCUCCACCUAUCAUUGAGCUGCGGGAGAGAAUUCAGCCCGAGAUUUUAGAGCUCAUCAAGCAACAGCGACUCAACCGGCUGUGUGAGGGCAGCUGCUUUCGUAAGCUGGGGAACCGCCGAAGGCAAGAGAAGUUUUGGUUCUGCAGACUCUCGCUGAAUCACAAAGUGCUGCACUAUGGGGACCUUGAUGAGUCUCCUCAGGGUGAAGUGCCUUUUGAACUCCUCAGUGACAAAAUCCCCGUGUCAGACAUCAAGUCUGUGGUAACCGGGAAGGACUGCCCUCAUAUGAAAGAAAAAAGUGCUCUGAAACAAAACAAGGAGGUGCUGGAGUUAGCCUUCUCCGUCCUCUACGAUCCAGAUGAGACGCUCAAUUUUGUUGCACCCAACAAGUAUGAGUACUGCAUCUGGACUGACGGGCUGUGUGCGCUGCUGGGCAGAGAGAUGGGCAGUGAUCUGACGCGCAGUGACCUAGAUACUCUCAUCAGCAUGGAGAUGAAGCUCCGCCUCCUCGACCUUGAGAACAUCACGAUCCCAGAAGCCCCGCCCCCUGUGCCGAAGGAGCCUAGCUCAUAUAACUUCACCUACAACUACAGCUGAGAUGCGUGCAUGUAUGUGCGCGCAAGCACGCGUGUGUGUGUAUGUGUGUGUGUGUGUGUGUGUAUGCGCACGUUUGCACUGCAUGUGUGUGUUUGUCAAGGAUGAGUAUACUCCAUCUUUUGAUGAAUUUACCCGCAAGUGUGUGCACCAGAAAAGGCUACUUUGAAUUUUUUUUUUAGUUAUCAGAACCCUGGAGACUUCUCUUCAUCUCCAUGUUUGUGAUGCUGUAUGGUUCGUCAAAUAGAAGACAUUUGUUUAUAGCUUCACAGGGAGAUCAGAGGUCAGGGUUCAUUACAGAGCAGUGCUCCUGGAGUUGGUAGAGAUACAGUGAGUCUCAUUUAUCAAUGCAAUCUCCAGGCCACAUCUUGAUUUGUAUAAACCUGCCUGUAAAGUCGAAAAAAAUAAUACUGUGCCUGAUGGCGAUUAUAGAUUAAAAAAAAAAAAAAAAGCUGUACAAAUCUGCUAAUUAGACAUCAUUUGAGUAUGUUUCAGUCAAAUUGAGGCUUAUUUGAUCAAUCAAGCCAUGUGUGUGGUCUCCAUGGUAACACAGGAUGAAGUAGCUACCAUUCCAGUUUAAAUACUGCGGUCACUUCGAUUCUGUCUGCACCUUGACAUGAAGGACGUGCACUAAAUGGGGGUUCAAAGUUUACACACCCAUAGAACGUAAUUGAGAUUCAGCCUGCAUGUUGCUCAAGGUCACUUCAGCUGGUUAAAUGAUGCUCUCCCUAAUUGGUCCUAUAUCCUGUUUCCUAUGGCACACUCAUUAAUAUUGAGAUAUCUGGUGAUGUUUAUUAUUGAACAACUUAGAAAAAAAUGUGUAGGAAUUAAGCGAUGAAGAGGAGAAAUGAACGAAAUAGUUGAGGUUGCAAAGAUAAUCUCUUUCUCACAAUUUGUUUGUAACCAUCAUCAUGUCUAUCAGACUGGGACAGAACAGUGUAGGGCUGCAACUAAUGAUUAUUUUCAUGAUUGAUUAAUCUACAGAUGAAUGUAUCUUUUUCUGUAUUAGUUGAUGAAUCUUUUGAGACAAUAAUCUAAAUAUGAAUAGAUUAUUAAUUAUGAAUUGAAUCUAUAAAAUGGUGAUAAAUCGUAAGAAUCACCAUAAGAACCCAGAGUCCAAUUUGACAUAUUUAACUUGCUUGUUUUGUUCCAAAACCCAAAGAUAUUCAGUGCGCUGUUUAUGAGAAACCAAGACAACCAGCAAAGACUCAUAUCUGAGAAGAAUUUUGGCAUUUUUGCUUGAAUCAUGAUACAAACAAUGAAGUGUUUGUCAACAUUUUUUCCAGUUAAUUGUUUAUCGAUCAGCUGGUCAGUUAAUGGACUGAUUCAUGUACACUAUAUACACUGCGUAUAUAUGGCUUCUGUUUAUCAACAUUCAUGCUGCUUCGAAUUGUUUGACUCAAUUCUCUCCUCAGAUUAAUACACCUUUUCACACCCUGGUAAACAGUGUGAGUAAAUAUAUCCCACUGAACUGAAACUGUUCAAGUGUGUGAUAUGGGCUAAGUCUUGAACACGCUCAUGCCUACCAUAUAUGUGUCUGUGUGUUUGUAUCUGUGUGUCUGUGCGUAAAGGUUUAAUGUGUGUUGUUUAUGUUAAAAGAUUUAAGGAAUGAACUUAAUGUUCCAUGAUGGAAGUCAGAGUCAAAGCUCUGACCUCGAACACAUCCAAAAACAUGAAACAUGAACCUUUUCUGUGGAACCACCGUCACUGCUUUGCCUUAUAUUAUAAGCAGCGUAUGAACAUUUUACAGUACAGAACAACUUACAGUACAUUAUAAGACAGUAUGAUGUAGUUGUAGCAGAUAUAACGACAAUAUUAAACAUUUAUUAAUGUUUUUGUUAGCAACUAUGACUUCUCCUAUGAAGCCAAUGUGUCUCCCCAGUGUUAUAUAAUGGCUUAUAACAAUCUGUCUUGUCAUAAAGCAUUUAUUAACUGUUGACAUGUGCUGUACACAUGUGCAGCAGUAUUUAUACUCCUGUUUAAAACUACUGAAAAUAUAUAAUUAUAUAAAGUUACAGCUUUGUUAUACUUUGAUGGCAAACAUUCAUGUACAAUUUGCUUUAUAUCUGCUACAUCUAUAUUAUAGCGUAAGCCAUUUAUUAAUUGUUUAUAUACUGGUUAUAAAUGCUAAAUUGAGUCUGGGUUUAAAUGAAGUGUUACCAUAUUUGGAAAGAUUAUAGAGAUAAGUUCCAGUUAUUUUUUUCUUUGGUACAGUGGUUUGUUUGAGACCAACUUUUACAUUCCACGAGUGUUUGAUGCCCCUGGUGUUUGAAUUCAUCAGCAGUUUUGAGUCUUGACUUCAGACCUUUUAUCGCACUGUGCACAGGCAGAACAGAACUCAAAGGGACAAAAAAGCAGCUCUGUUGGCCUCUUUUAGUGCCAGAAGCCCUCAGAUGAAUGAUUUAGUACUGCUCAUGUAUUAUAUGAGCAUACAGUAUUGUGUGCUUUGUAUACAGUGGUAGAAAUUACAGUACUAUUGCUUGAUGUCGUUUCAUUUUAAAUCCCCACAGUGUUAUUGGUUUCAAACUUUUGUGUAUUUUAUUCAUGCCACUCAGUGUCCUGUCACGUUGUCAACUGGUACUAAACAGUGCUAUCAUUUGUUAAUGCAGAAUAGAAUUAUAUUUUUGUAAAUGAUUGUACAAUCUGAUCAGCUGUGAAGAGAAUGGGUAUCAAACGAAUAUAACACUUUCACUUUGCAUCACUCUGUACACGUUGCUGUGGAGGGACGUUUCACAUUGGAAAAAAAUGUAUCACAUUUUUCAAACACAUUUCAAUCAAACCACAAGCACCUCAUAUCAUUUAGGAAUGACGCUCACUCCAGCACUUAAUGAUGAUGUCAGUGUUUAUGUAAUGAUUAAAAAUUGCCACUUACUGUUCAUGCUCUUUGUGAAAAGGAAUAUAUUUGAGAUUUGUUUUUUCAAAUAAUGUUUUUCUGUUUGAUUCUUAACUGACAUUGAAGGUUUUAAAAAGGCUUAUAAAGGUUACUUUAUAUUCCAGUAAGUCACUGAUCUCUUAAUCUGCUCUCAGUAAAUCUAUCAAUAACCACAAAAUACAGCAGUGAGUAAAGGGUCGUUGCAUUGGAUGUACUAACAGUAUGACUUGAAGUUUUCGUAUCUUGUACUCUUUUACAUGACUUGCUAAACUAUUUAUUUACACUUGCUAGUGAUAGUAAAGAAUGACAUGUUGUUAGUUGACAAAUAACAACAUAAAAUAUGGUAUACAUAUAGAUCAUUGUAUGUAUAUACAGUAUUGUGUUGCCUUAUUGAAGGAGUUGUAUUAUGUUUUGUGUGAAUAAAUACAAUG